UAUCUUACGGAGGAAUCCGAGAUAGCCGAUGUAUCACGAUUGCAAAGUCGAGUGAUCCUGCAUCCAGAUUAGCACGCUUCAAAUAAAGUCGAUGACAGUGAAUAUUUCCUGUUGUUAGAAAUAGUGGUUGAAGAGUCGUUCUGAGUGUGAUUUUUUUUAAGGUUGCAUUAAUUGCAUGCUAACGUUGCGUGCAGCAUGUCGGACGAAGGACUACCAACACUGAUAAAAGAGGUCCAUGGGCCAGAAAGUGUGUCCGAUGAACCUGACUCUGCGCAGCGUGUUGUGUCUCAGACGCGUUACGUCUUCAUCGCUUACGCUAAUGAACAAAUUAGUAGAGACGAGGGACAAGAUGAAACAUUUACAAAUGCUCACCACCAAGAUAUGUCCAGCCAAAAUGAAAUAAUAAAUGAAGACGCACUAAGAGUCGGACGUCAGCUAGCGAAGGUCGCUGAUGAUAUGAUCAAACAGCUUUCUGCAACAUUUGAGGUCAUAACCAGACCAUUCGGUGAUUCACUCAACUCGUAUGAGAAUUUCAAAGAAAUUGCGAAAGAAAUCUUAAAAGAUGAAGUGAACUGGGGAAGGAUUCUAGUUAUUUUCUGCUUCGGAUACUGGUUAUUCAAGAGGGAGAUUGUGAAACAGGCCCGGAAAAAGAUGGGCACUACUCUGGGUAGUAUUGCAUCGCUUGUUGAACAGUUCUUUAGUGAUCCUGCGACUAGCAUAGCAGCUUGGAUUGCUCUCAGGGGUGGUUGGAGAGUGGCCCAAUCCGUCACAAGGUCAAAGAGCCAUCCGAUUAUGAAAAUCGGUAUAAUGGUGGGCUUUGUGGCAGUUGCAAUCGGUGUGAUUGUCGUAUUGAUGAAUAGAAGGAAGUCUACACCUUAAUACAGACACACAUAACCUGAGUUCGAAGACACUUACCUAUAUUGGUUAUAAUAGUAUCAAAAUCUCUAAAAAAAAACUUCCUCUGUUCACGUUUUUAUAUAGUUUCGGCAAUAAAUCUUUAUAAUCCACAUAUAUAUGUGUUCUUGGUUUAAGGUUUUGUAUUGCCGCUAUUAUCUGAUGUAUUAUUAGUUUCUGUUUUAAAGUGUUUAAACAACGGAACCAUUCUUCCAAAAGUUCAGGAUUGAGCUGAAAUAUAAAUGUCCAAGACACGGGUACAACGACAAAUAUACGUCGACUCCAGCGAUGUUCAUUUACUUGCUGUUAAAUUGUGAUAUGUUUUCUGUGCUCUUCCAUCCGUUUUGAUUUUGUUCAGCAGCGUUCAUAUUCCAAAGGGUAACGUCCAUAAGUAUGUAUAUCUAGUCGUUUGCAGGAGGAAGCCUAUGUUUAUCAUUUAAAGUUUUUCUGUGUUUUGGCAGGUGUUUGUCUGUCCACUUCUUCUUAUUUUUUUGUAUAAUGAUUUUAAGGUACAGCCAUUCGGAUUAAUUAAAAAUUAUCAGAGUUUGUGUUUUUUAUAUUACACAAUUGUCAUAUUUAUUUUAAUAAUUAUUUCGAUUUCAUGUUUAAUAAGGGCUGGUUUAUAAAACUUGUGUAUGUUUUAAACAUUAACUCUGUAUUUUUUGUUGUUUUGUUUUCCAUCCGCAAUAAAUUGUCCUAACAGCCUU